AUGUCAUCGCCUCGGCGACCGCCAAGAGCUGUCCUCCUCCUUGCGGUCUCCUUCAUCACCUUAGCCAUCUCCGCAGCCGUACGCGCGCAGGAGGACUACGACUACGACGAGAAGGUCAACCCGCCGCCGGCGGCCCAGGACAGAUGCAUUGGCGUCUUCCUCACCUACACCUUCAUCUCGCGCACCAAGGAGUAUCCGCACGUGAAGAACGCGUCGGCCCAGUCGUACGCGUUCAAGUCCACGGCCGCCGUACUGAACACCAUGACCACGGACCUCCCGGCAUGGAAUAUGUUCAUCGGGUUUCAGCACCAUGAGAUUUUGGUGUCGGCGUCCGGGGCGGUGAUAACCGACGGGACCGAUUUCCCGGUUAAUGUCGAGAAUGGCACGUCCUUGUCGGGAUUCCCGCAGACUGAUCUCAUGAAUGCCAUCGAUACCGCGGGGGACUUGUCCCAGAUUCGGGUAGAGAUGCAUUUCACGGGGACGCAGUUCGGGGUGAAGCCACCCGGGACCCCGAUGCCAAGGACGAUCAAGUUGCUUAACGAUGGAUACAAGUGUCCUGCACCCACCAAAAAAGGGAGCCAGAUGUAUGUUUGCUGCGUGAAAGACCCCAAAUUCAAGGCUAAAAAAACGGAGGAAACCCGAUUCCUUCCGCGCCGGUACGGCGACCUCACCAUCGCCUACGAUGUACUCCGGUCCUAUGACAGCAACUAUAUGGCUCAAAUCACCAUCGACAAUAACCACCCUCUAGGCCGCCUCGACAAUUGGAACCUCACUUGGGAGUGGAAGCGGGGAGAGUUCAUCAACACCAUGAAAGGAGCCUACACCCUGAGGAAAGACAUCUCAGACUGCAUCUACGGUGAAGCCGGCAACUACUACCAGAGCUUGGACUUCUCCACCGUCAUGAACUGCGAAAAGAAGCCCAUCAUUGUGGAUCUCCCUCCCGAGAAAGAAAAAGACGAUGCACUUGGGAACAUUCCCUAUUGUUGCAAGAAUGGGACCCUCCUCCCCCCUACCAUGAAUAUAACCCAGUCCAAGGCGAUUUUCCAGCUUCAGGUUUACAAGCUCCCGCCGGACCUUAACCGUACCGUCUUCUAUCCUCCUCAGAAUUGGAAGAUCAAUGGCUUCAUCAAUCCGAAUUACGUGUGUGGCCCUCCUAUCAGAGUGAGUCCCAUGGAGUUUCCAGAUCCGAACGGUCUCAUGUCGGAAACCGAAGCUAUUGCCAGUUGGCAAAUAGUCUGCAACAUCACCAGGCCCAAGAGCAAGCAUUCUCGAUGCUGCGUCACCUACUCCGCUUUCUACAACGAGUCGGUCGUCCCCUGCAACACCUGUGCGUGCGGCUGCUCGGAGGACGCGGCGUGCAACCCCGUCGCGACUGCAUUGCUUCUCCCGCCGGAAGCUCUUCUGGUCCCCUCCGAGAACCGGACGGCCAAGGCCAAAGCGUGGGCCAGCAUCAAUCAUCGCCACGUCCCCAAUCCGUUACCUUGUUGGGACAACUGUGGCGUCAGCAUGAACUGGCAUAUAGUGUCCAACUACAGAAAAGGAUGGACUGCGAGGAUCACCUUGUUCAACUGGGCUGACUACACCUUCAAGAACUGGUUCGUGGCGUUGGAGAUGGAUAAAUUCUAUCGGGGCUACGAGAAAGUGUAUUCCUUCAAUGGCACAAAGCUACAAGGCCCCGGAAGAAUCAACAAGACCAUCUUUCUUCAGGGACUGGAGGGUCUCAACUAUCUGAUAGCGGAAACAGAUGGAAAGGACCCAAGCGUGGAUCCGAGAGUACCUGGGAAGCAACAAUCGGUGAUUUCAUUCACCAAGAAGGAAACUCCCGGUAUCAACAUCGUGAAGGGGGAUGGUUUUCCUACCAGGCUGUACUUCAACGGAGACGAGUGCGAGCUUCCGGAUGACAUACCCACAGCAUCCGGACCGCGGCAUAGCGUUAGCCAACUAGCAGUAGUUCUAUUUACAGUCGUGGCGCUUCUUUCCACGGUGGAUUACUUUUGA